AGCCACAUUGCUGUACAGCAGAGGCUACGAUAACAUGGCACCAUCAUGUGGACCUGAUAUCAUAUAUAGUACUCCGCCCAACUCAGACUACAGCGCCUCGUCUCCAUGGUUUCCAGGGGCGUGCCCUACAUCCUAGUGGGCUAAAGGACCUCAGGGGGAGGAGCCACAACCGUGACCGUCCUCCAGCUGCAGCUCACCCAGUGCUACACCCCCCCAGUGACAGCAGGAUGCUCGGAGUGAGUGUGGUGCUGACCCGGGCACGGCUCCGCGGCUAUGUACUGAGCUCACGAUGUCAGUUUACCGGCCACGUGCCGCCCACCUGUCUAUGGGCUGAAUCUCAGCGACGGCAUCUGAGGAACCAUAAGCUGUAUAUAGGUACUAACGCCUGGUGUCUGAGAAACUUGUCUUCUGCGACGCCGUCAUCUAAAGAAGGUCCACUGAUGAAAUGGUUUCUGCUUCUCAUCCCAGUUGCCACCUUUGGUCUGGGCACCUGGCAGUUACAGAGGCGGAAGUGGAAGCUGAAUCUAAUAGAGCAGAUGGGGUCUCAGUUUGAUUCCAGUCCAAUUCCUCUCCCGGCUGAGCCAGAAGAACUUCAGAAAUUAGAGUUUCAUCCUGUGAAAGUCAGAGGUCACUUCGAUCACUCCAAGGAACUUUAUGUCAGACCUCGCACACUGGUAAAUCCCAAGAAACCAGAUCAGGAGACCAACCGGCCAACCUUCCCAGAGAAUGGGGCUCAUGUGGUCACCCCCUUUCACUGUGCUGACCUGGGAAUCCGCAUCCUGGUAAACAGAGGAUUUGUUCCCAAUAGGAAGCUGUAUCCUGAAACGCGGAUGGAAGGGCAGAUUGAAGGCGACAUUGAUUUGGUUGGUAUUGUAAGACUCCCAGAGACUCGCAAACGAUUUGCCCCUGAAAAUGAUAUCCAGAAGAAUAUAUGGUAUUACCGGGAUUUGGCAGCCAUGGCAGUGGAGACUGGGGCAGAGCCGAUCUAUAUUGAGGCAAAUUCAGCCAGCAGUGUUCCUGGAGGACCCAUUGGAGGACAGACCCGGGCAACGCUGAAAAAUGACCACAUGGAGUACAGCAUAACAUGGUACGCUCUGUGCGCAUGUACUUCAUUGAUGUGGUUCCAGAAAUUCAUCAGGAAAGUUCCUUAGCUCUGAAUCCUGGUCACAUCUGAUGUUACACCACUGGAUGUAUGGAACAGACGGCACACAAAGUAGAUCCGCUUUAUGUAGAAUACUUUAUAUGUACAAAUUGCAAAUAAAAUUUUCAAGUAAAUAAA